CAUUGAUCUCAUUACUGAAAUAAUCUAAUCAACAUGUUCAGCAAAGUGGUAGCUCUGUGCGGUUUAGUGGCGGUGUGCCAGGCUGGUCUCCUGCCCGCCCCGGUGCAUUACUCCUCUGCUGCCGCUGUCUCUUCUCAGAACAUCCUACGUCACGACCAAUCUGCCCAACACGUCGCCGUCGCGGCUCCAAUUGCUUACCACGCCGCUCCUGCUGCCGUCGCCUACCAUGCUGCUCCUUCUCAGUACUCUUCAGCUGCUGCCGUAUCUUCUCAAAACAUUGUGCGUCAUGACCAGCCAGCUCAACGUGUAGCCGUCGCUGCCCCAGCUGUGGCUUACCACGCUGCCCCUGCCGUCGCAUACCACGCCGCCCCUGCUGUGGCCUACCACGCAGCUCCCGUCGUAGCUCAGGCUGAAGAGUUUGACGCUCACCCCAAAUACGAAUAUAACUACUCCGUAGCUGACAGCCACAGCGGUGACAACAAGUCCCAGCAGGAGUCCCGCGACGGUGAUGUCGUGAAGGGCUCGUACUCCUUCCACGAAGCCGACGGCUCCGUCAGGACUGUGGAGUACUCCGCCGACGACCACAGCGGCUUCAACGCCGUGGUGCACAACUCCGCGCCCACUGCCGCUCCCGUGCACGUUGCUCCCGCUCACUACAUCCACCACAAUAUGACUAGUGAUGGUAAUUUAGUGGUGGAUGUAGUGAGCGGGAGCAACGUGCACGGGAGCGGCAGUGGGCGCGGAGUUGUGCACCACGGCGUUGAAGCCGCUGUGGUCGUCGGCGGAGUACUCCACAGUCCUGACGGAGCCGUCGGCUUCGUGGAAGGAGUACGAACCCUUCACGACAUCACCGUCGCGGGACUCCUGCUGGGACUUGUUGUCACCGGUGUGGCUGUCAGCUACGGAGUAGUUGUACUCGUAUUUGGGGUGAGCCUCGUGGGCUACAACGGGAGCGGCGUGGUAGGCAACUGGAGCAGGAGCAGCGUGGUAGGCAACAGCGGGGGCGGCGUGGUAGGCGACGGCAGGGGCUGCGUGGUAGGCCACAGCUGGGGCAGCGACGGCUACGCGUUGAGCUGGCUGGUCAUGACAAUGUUCUCUAAAGUAGUAGCUCUGUGCGCUUUCGUGGCUGUGGCCCAGGCUGGUCUCCUGGCUGCUCCCGUGCACUACUCCUCUGCUGCGGCUGUCUCUUCCCAGAGCAUCGUGCGUCAUGACCAGGCUCCCGUCGCUAAGCUCGCCGUCGCCGCUCCCGUGGCCAAACUCGCCGUCGCUGCUCCCGUAGCCUACCACGCCGCCCCCGCCGUGGCCUACCACGCUGCUCCUGCUGCCGUCACCUACCACGCUGCCCCUGCUCCCGUCGCCUACCAUGCCGCCCCCGCCGCUGUCGCCUACCACGCUGCCCCUGCUGCCGUGGCAUACCACGCUGCUCCCGUUGCCAAGGUUAUCGCCCAACCUGAGGAAGUAGCCUACCCCAAAUACGAGUACAACUACUCUGUUGCUGACGGUCACUCCGGCGACAACAAGUCCCAGCAGGAGUCCCGCGACGGUGAUAUCGUAAAGGGCUCUUACUCCUUCCACGAAGCCGAUGGUUCCAUCAGGACUGUGGAAUACACCGCUGACGACCACAACGGUUUCAACGCAGUGGUACACAACACCGCACCUACGGCCGCCCCCGUAGUUGUCAAGGCUGUUGCUCCCGCCCACUACUACCACCACUAAGACCAAAAUCUUAACAACUAAGCAAUGUUGACCAAAAUGAAUGUUGAAUAAUUUAUUUAUGAAAUAUACGAAUAAGUUCGAUAAUAA